CGCAGAGCUCGCCCGGCCACAUCGCCGGAGGAAGAGUCGGGCUGGGCACCGGCUCCGCCCCCGCGCCCCCCGCAUCCCCAGCCCGGGCCCGGGAGGAUGCUCGGAGCUGGGUACCGCAUCGGCGCCGCGGCGAGAUGGCUGGGCACCGGACUGCUGGGCGUCCUCCUGGUUCCCGUGGUUCUGGCCCUGGAGGUCUCGGUCGGGAAGACCCCCCUCAUCACGGCCCUGAACGGCACCGACAUCCUUCUGCCCUGCACUUUCUCCACCUGCAUUGGCUUCGAGAACCUCUAUUUCUGGUGGAAGUACAAUAGCACGGACGACUACCAGGACUUGCUGGAGGGGAUGGUCAAAAACGAGAAGUCGGAGCCCAGAGUGAGGAAGGAAAUGCACAGCCGCAUCGUGCUGGUCGGUUCCACGCGGGACAAGAAGAACAACAUCUCCAUCGUGCUGCAGGAGGUGGAGUUUGCCGACGCUGGCAAGUACACCUGCCGGGUCAGGAACCCCAAGGAGAAGAACGCUCAGCACGAAGCCACCAUCACGCUCAACGUGGUGAAACAACUGGAAGUGGUGGACAACACCGUAACCCUGAUCAUCGUGGCGGUCGUCGGGGGGUGUAUCGGUCUGCUGAUUGUUGUCAUGCUGACCAAGAACGUCAUCCUGUUCAUCAUCAAGAAAACACAGGAGAAGAAGAAGGAAUGCCUGGUGAACUCCUCAGGGAACGACAACACAGAGAACGGACAGGCCGGCUCCAAAGCGGAACAGAAAGCCACGCCCAAGGCCUGAGUUCUGGGCCCGGGCCCCGGGCCCCGGCUGACCAGCGACUCCUGACCUCAGAGAGUCGCUCUUCGUGUUAAACUUUUUCGACGCUCGAGACGGUUCUGGAGUACCCACGUGCCUGCGAUGCCUGCUGCUUGGGCACCGAGGGCUGGCCCCCGGCACGCUGCCCGCAGCCCCUGGGCCCGAGGGGCUGAGGUGACUGAUGCGGGGAGGGAGAGGAGGAGGAAGAGGAGGAAGAGGAGGCGGCUUCCUGGGUGUGGAUGGGGGGAGGGGCUGCCGCCCCUGGAGCUCUGGAGCGGGAGGGAGGGCGCACGGAGACAUCCUGACUCUAGCCUCUCUUUCCACCCACGCCACUGAGUUUGGAGGAGUCUGGUAGGGUACUCCCACUCGGACCGGUGGAUUGUUAUGAAAGGCAACGUGGGGAGGGGCGGGGAGCCUUCCCUAGGGGUGCCCCGGGAUAGGGUGACCUGGUGUGAUCGGGCUGGGGCACCGAUCUGCACAUGGGCAUUUAAAAUCCGGUUCCCGUGGGUGGCAUAGGCAUCACUCAGCAAGACCAGGGGGAUUCAGGAACCACCCCUGACUCCCUGUGCCCCUUGGCCUGGCCCUGCCCUCCUCCCUAAUCCCGGGCAUAGAAGCUGCUCCCAUAACGGGGAGGUGCUGGCACCUCUGGCACGACGGUCCUCCCUCCCAGCGGUGCCAGCUUCCCCCUGGGUCAUGCUCAGCCCAGCCGAGGGACCCCGCCUGGCCUAUCCCCUGAGCCUCAGCCCUGGGUCGGCAUCCGGGGGCAGAGCUGGCUUCCUGCUCCUGGUGUGGUCUGCUUCCCGGGAUUUUGGGGGGAGAGGGGCGAGGGCUUCCCUCACUCCCUCCAGUGACUUUUAGAACUGGGGGAAGGAGGGGAGGGCAGGCGGAGGCCGACUGGGUAGAUAACUCAACACUCCUCUUCUCCCUCUACUAACCCUGGGGACAGCUGCUUCCUGAGUUCCCGGGUAGAGGAGGUUAAGAGCUGGGGUGGGAGGAUGCCUCAAUCCGUUCCCCGCGUUGCAGUCUGACCAGGCUGAGGGAUUUGGGCCUUGGGAGAAAAUGGGGGUGGAGGGAGCUAAUCCUCGGGGAGGGGCUUGGCUGAGGUCACUCAAUGAGACGGUGGCAGAGCUGGAAGGAGGAGGCCCAAUGUCCCCACGUGAAAUGGUGUCUCCCCACGUCCCCUCCUCCUCAAGACCACGGGCAGCUCCAGGGGCCGUGGCCGCGGGCUUUACAAGAACCCCGUUUCCUGCGCCGGAGAUGCCCCGUGGCUGAUUUGGGCUACCAAGCCGGUGCCUCCCUUCUCCCCCCUCCUCUUGCCUGCUCCCUUCCUUGCGCCCCUCUCCCCACGUAAAGGGCUCGUCUUCCGCUCUGGGCGCCCUGUUCCCCCCACCCCGGAGCGGGGGCGAUUCUCUCAAGUCUUCCUUCUGCUGAGACCACCUCGUCGUCACCCGCUGCUGCAGGGCUCGGGGCUUUUCUUCGCUUGUUCAGGAACCGUUUGGCGGCCCCUCGUGCUGGGGGCGGGGGGCGGAGGGCGGAGGGAGGGGAGGUUGGCAGUCUUUGCCUCAGUGCCUUGGUGUUUUUGCUUACUCCACCCCUGGGUGCGGGCCCUCAGUGGAAGGGAGCUCUGUCUGACCCCGGAGUAGGGCGAGCAGGCCCGGGGGGAGUCCCUCCCCUUGUGCGCUUGGGGCGCCUAGAGGGACAGGGAGAAGGUUGUGUGUGCCGGAGGGGAGAGCCUUGGGACUGGGUUUCAGACACCUGGGUUCUGGGCCCUGCUGGGAUUCCGGCUCUGCCUGUAGCUCGGAUUCGUCGGCGAUGCUGGACCUUCCUUCUUCUCUGGGAGGUAGGAUGGUUUAGGAAUCGGAAAAAAAGGUAUUUGUUAAGCGCUUACUAUGUGCGAGGCACUGUAAUAAGCGCUCGGGUGAAUACGGGCAAAG